UCCCCUCCAAGCUUCACCGGCGAGCCCUUCGCUUGGGUCAACCGUGAAAAAUAACACCAAAAUCUCAUUAUUAGGGGAAAAAGCACCGACUGCCCAAGGGCGGGCAAGCAAAUGGCCUGCGCCUUUCUCUUCUUCUUCUUCUUCUUCUCUCUCUAAAAAAAAAAAAAAAGAAAACGCCUGCGUCUCCAUCCACGGAUCCCCCUCCCACCCCCACCCCCGCGCGCCGCCGCUCGCCGGAGCCCGCCUCGCCCCCCUGUCAAGCCCGCCCCCAAUCGUCAACACUGCGAGCCUGAAUUGCUGCCGGCCGACAGGGGGCAUUAGCCAGCUUCUGAGGAAACUAUUCAGAGCCAGUCAGUCUUCUUUUAUAGACGUCACUCAGGAGAUCUACGCAGGCGGUGAUCCUUGUUUGUCAGCGGUGCACCGUACCUGGCGCUCGUUCAUAGACAUGGUUUAUCACUCUAGUUUCAUUGACGAUGAUGAGAUCACAAAAGCCUGUGGGUGUCCUUUGCUUCCACUAAAAACUCAUAUAAAGGGCCCAGCCCCAGCCGCGGAUUCAGAUAAGGCGGAUAUAGUUGAUGAAGCGAUAACUUUCUUCCGAGCAAAUGUUUUCUUCAAAAACUUCCAUGUCAAAAGCCCAGCAGACAAAUUGCUCAUCUAUCUGACAUCUUACAUCAAUAUUGCCUUGAAAAGACUAGAAACCUGCCGGACGCUGGCUGUCGGAACUAAGGCAAUCAUUAACCUGGGGUUGGAAAAAGUUCCUGUGCCUGGGGAACCAGGGUUUCCUUUUCCUGGACUUUUCACUCUCCCCCAAUCUGGGGAGGAAGCAGAACUGCUGAGGAACUAUCUGAAGCAGAUAAGGGAGGAAACGAGCGGGAGGCUGCUCAACUGCGCAUACAGAGCUAAUGGCACUCCAAACAAAUGGUGGCUGGCUUUUGCAAAGAGGAAGUUCAUGAACGUUGUCAUCCUUUAGAGCGUAAGCAUAUCAUCAAGUGACAGCUUAAGAGGCGUUUGUGUAAAUCCUGAUUGCGCUUGCACAUUUAUUCCUACGAUGAUGUAAAGCACAGUUUCUUGCAAUGCACCUGCUGAACACAGUUUCUUGCAAUGCACCUUCACUGAAUGAAACUCUCAUUGAUAUUUAAUAAAGUGCGCCGCUGAGGCAUUCCCAUAAA